AUGUGCAUUCAUUGGCGAGUCUGGUUACGGCCACUGCUGGUAGUGCUGUACGUACUGUUUGUAAUCAUUGUCGUCCCGCUGCUGAUCGCAGAUUCGGUAAAGGAUGGCUUUACCCGCAAGGGACAACUUAUCCUGAUCGGUGGAUUGUUUGUACUAUGCGCCAUACCGAUCUCGAUAUGGCAGAUCGCACAGCACACCAUUCACUACACGCAACCUCAGCUGCAGCGGCAUAUCAUCAGAAUCCUGUGGAUGGUGCCGAUCUACGCACUUAAUGCGCUUCUCUGCUUGAUCUACCCUGGCAAAUCGAUCUACAUGGACAGUAUACGCGAAUGUUACGAAGCGUACGUCAUCUACAACUUCAUGAAGUAUCUACUAAACUAUCUCAACCUGGAGAUGGACCUAGAGCGGGCUCUAGAGUUCAAUGCGCAAACACAUCACUUCAUUCCCUGCUGCUGUCUUUCGACGUGGCAGAUGGGCCGGGAGUUUGUGCAUAACUGCAAACACGGUAUACUGCAGUACACGGUCGUAAGACCAUUAACCACAAUCAUUGCAUGCAUCUGCCAACUGAAUCACGUUUACGGUGAGGGUCAGUUUCAAGCAUCCGUUGCAUUCCCGUACCUGGUAUUCAUCAACAAUUGCUCCCAAUCGAUCGCAAUGUACUGUCUCGCACUGUUCUAUCGGGCCACACGAAACGAGCUGCGCGCGAUGAAACCGUUGCCAAAAUUUUUCUGCAUAAAAGCCGUCAUCUUCUUUUCAUUCUUUCAAAGUGUGAUCAUCUACUUCCUAGUGUAUUACGGUAUCAUAAAGGACAUUUUCGACAGCAACACGUCCGAGUUCGAAUCACAGCUGGAACUGUCGACAAAGUUGCAAAACUUUCUCAUCUGUAUCGAAAUGUUUUUGGCCGCGCUGGCUCAUCAUUACAGCUUUUCGCACCAACCGUACGUGAUAAACAUUCCAGUAGGUUUGAUAGCUAGGGGCAGCAUCAACGGGAGCAGCGCCGGUGGUGGUAGUGGUGGUGGAAACGGUGGUACAUCCCAACCCUGGUACUAUGGUUUUUUGACCAUGCUCGAUCUGUCCGACGUGCGGCAGGACGUGUCGGAACAUCUGGGUGAGGUAGGCAGCUCGCUCAGCCGACGCUUUAGGGGCCGCGCCGUGUACGAUCUGGCCCCGGGAAGCAGUAGAACCUGUGAUAUGAACAUCAGCGGAUCGGAACGUGAAUUCCUGGUACCGCAGGAAGGUGGUACCAAUCUUCUCGCGAGCCAAUGCUACCAGAGCGGUUUGUAUUACAGUGCGACUGGCACAGGAACCGGCGUGUCACAGCUGUAUCCCGGUGGGCAAUCGAAACCAUCCGGCAGUGGUACGAUCGGCAAUCCGAAGUACGGUGCACUCGACAGUGGUAUCAGUAUCGUGCGACCGAAGGUGGAGAAACUCGUCGAAACACCGAACGAAGGUGCACCGCCGAAGGAGAUGAACAUUUUCAACCAGUUCCCAUCAACGAAAGCACUUAAUCUAACGCUCAGCAAAACCCCAAGCUACGAAAAUUUAAUUUCACUCAAAACCGAUGCCGAUCCGACGACGUCGCGCGGCACCAAGCCGCACGCUGGUAAGCAACGUUCGUCGAACAACAGCAACAGUGAAUCGAGUUCCUCCCAGCGGUUGAUGCAGCGUUCGGAGAGCAACGGAAGUGAUUGGCUUAGUACGCCCGAUGACGAACUGGGCAUCGAUGUUAAGGGAAUUAGCACGGACAAUAUUAAUAUCGAUCCGACUCGCCAUCGAAAAGCGUAGAAGUAGCGACAAUUUCCACACAGGAUCUUUACUUGAUACUGGCCAUCGUUUGCUAUUUGGCUGCGAUACUCAUGUCGAAAGGCUCAUAGAAAAUAGGCAAUCAACAAAACUAAGCGAAACAUGCCGUAGAUGAUCGGUAGAUGAAGGUCGAGAUAGAACACACUAUCAUUAAACCGAUCGCACUCAAUCUCAGCUUGUUGUGCCGUCUUUGCUGCGCUUACGUGCAAAGUUGUAAAAUGUAUCGAAAUUACCCUUUUUUUACCUUAAAUCUCAUAAUAGACAAACUGUGCAUUAAAUCGUAUCGUAUCUGUGGUAUUAACGCAAAAAUUUCCUUCACCGUAUCGUUGCAUUCGGGCAACGGAUCGUUGGGCAAAUGUCGAAACCAUACUGCUCCACAAUAUGCAGCAAUAAUUAUUUAGGCUAAUUAUCCCCCAAAACACACACAAACAGUCAAACUGAUAUUAUGUUUAACGAAAAUUGAAACUUCCUUUUUGUUUGUGUAGGCUUUACUUUGGAUUUUCGUACACCGUCAAAUCGAAAAUUGCGAAUAAAUUAUACAUA